AUGAGUUCAAACUGCUCUCAUUUCCUGUCAGCUUUGCCGCCUCUUCACCUACUGUGUUUCUCCUUUUUGCUUGGGGCAACCCUAUACCAAAGCUUCAUCAUGACCAAGAUCAGCUACCGAGCCCUCCCAAAGUCCGCUUUCCGAAGCCUUCAGAAACAGGCCUGGCCGUUUUAUUUCCGAUCCCAAUCAUUAUUGGUCGUUAUCACUGCUGUGACUAUCCCGCGAGAUGAUCUUGUUCCCUUCGAGGCAAGCCCCAUGAGCUGGGUUCCCCACGCCGUUGCGUUCACCUCAGCAAUGUUGAAUACAUUCAUCUUUGAACCUGCUACACGAAAGGCCAUGGUUCAAGUUACUCAUCAAGCCGCGACCUUAGAAACGAGAGAUGGGCUUAGCUGCAACAUGACGCAAUACGAUGAGAACAAGGUGAUGGAGGGUGCUAGUGUCAGCCCAUCGUCGGGGAUGGUGGUGGUGAAAAGACGGUUUUCAUUCAGCCACGCAAUGUGCAUCCACCUCAACCUGUUGACACUGGGCGCUGUGUUGGCUUAUGGUUGGACAUUGGCCGCGAGGAUCCAGUGA